AACAUCUUCAAGCAAGUAAGUGAAGAGAUCAUAAACCGUCAGCAUGGUUGAGUGGACAGAUGCCGAGCGCAGCGCCAUCACUGGCCUGUGGGAAAAGAUCAGUGUCGAUGAAAUCGGACCUCAGGCCUUUUCCAGGCUCCUGAUCGUGGCUCCAUGGACUCAGAGGCACUUCGCUUCCUUUGGUAACCUCUCCAGCCCCGCCGCAAUCAUUGGCAACCCCAAAGUGGCUAAUCACGGAAAGACCGUAAUGGGUGGGCUGGACAGAGCUGUGAAGAACCUGGACAACAUCAAGGCCACCUACGCCCAGCUCAGUGUGAUGCACUCUGAGAAAAUACACGUGGACCCCGACAACUUCAGGAUUCUUGCUGACUGCAUCACUGUAUGUGUGGCCAUGAAGUUCGGACCCUCUGUCUUCACCGCUGAUGUGCAGGAGGCUUGGCAGAAGUUCUUGUCUGUGGUUGCAUCUGCUCUGGGCAGACAGUACCACUAGAGGAAACGAAGGAGAAAACAGCAAUUCAGUGCACAAAGCUGUUGACAAAACAUAACUCUGACAAACGAAUAAAAACAUUUUGAACGCA